AUGCUUUCAUCUAGCGGCGGGAAUACCGGCGUGUCACACAAUGGUGCUGCUCCUACCGCGCCGCCGCCGCGGUGGCAGCUGUUGGACGUGUCUCGCUCGCUCUCCGCGCUCAGAUCCGCGCGCGAAACGACCGUCGCGGAGCUAAGUCGCGCGAAGCCGCAUCCUGCUGACGAUCGACAAGUCGAUCAACUCUCCGCGCUCAGAUACGCGCGCAAAACGACGGCCGCGGAGCAAAGUCACGCGAUGCCGCCUGCUGAUGGUGCCAGAGGCACCAGCAGCAGCAGCGGCGGUGGUGGUGGUGGUGGUUCCAGCAGCAAAGGCAUCAACUCAAUGGUUGAGGCGCCAGCUCCCCAGAAGCUGGUGGUGGUGAGAGGUCCAGGGAUUGUGCAAGCACUGGGGCUGGGGCAUCAUGGCUGGGGGAGGCCUGCCUUCCAUGCGCCAAUCCUGCAACGAUUCGGCCUUGAGUGGCGGCCCGAUCCCCGUGGUCUUCCCCUGCUGCCAGACCAUGGCGGGCAGCAGCUGUGUGCGAUCGUGGCGAAGACUGACACGAUUCUGCAGACAAAGCUCCGGUAUGGCUGUGUCACUGGACCAGAUGGUUACGGCAUCCUUUUCCCGAAAUCUGUGCGCCUGCGCACGGAUGAAAGGGUGCUGCCUAUCAAUCAAGAGAUGACAGCUGUCGGCCCUGUAAGAUUUGAAUCCGACGGUUGA